AAAAUAAUAAUUUUUCUUAAAAUAUGAAAUUAGAAGAGUAUAUUAAAAAAUUUAUGUGAAAACACAUUCUUCAAAAUGGCCUUAAAAAUACGUUUUCGUUUUUGGAUUGCCGUAAUGAUUUUUUUCACGACGUUUAUGAACUACGUGAUGCGGGCCAAUUUGUCGAUGAGCCUUAUAGCGAUGACCAACCUGCCGCCAGGUCGUCAAGGUCAAUGUUCCGAGAAUGGAUACAUAACCACUGCAGAGCCCACGACUGAACCGCCAGAAAACGAGACCACAACGCUAGCUACCGAAACAACCACAGAGGAGACUGUUUUUCACAAGUUCGACUAUUCUCAAAGAGAACACGGGCAACUUUUGGCAGCCUACGGAUAUGGAUACGUCAUCUUCAGUCCUCUCGGAGGAUUUUUGUCUGAAUAUUUUGGACCUUGGAAAGUUAUAUUUUGGUCAAAUUUUGUCUCCAUCAUAUUAACAUUUGGCUGCGUGGGAGCAGCUUUUAUUCAUUGGGGUGCACUGUUUUUUGUCAGAUUUUUAAUAGGCUCCCUGGGGGGUUUGGUGUAUCCUGCCCUUCAAAUAACAAUAUCUCGUUGGUCGCCACCAAACGAAAAAGGAAAAUUUUUGAGUUGCAUGAUGGGUAACACUCUAGGAACAGCGAUGAUAUUUCCGUUGGUUGGAGGCAUUAGUCAAGCUUUAAAUUGGGCUUGGGGAUUUUGGCUUACCGGAAUUCUAGUGUCCGUAUAUUUGCUGGGUGUUAUUUUUAUUUUAUCAGACUCUCCAUCAAAGAGCAAACUAAUACCUGAAGAAGAACGAGAGUAUUUGCUUUCAGUCAUACCACCACCAAAAAAUAAGUUGGUGGCCCCUUACCUCAAAAUCUUUGGAUCAGUGGCCUUUUGGGGGUUGAUGUUUGCCCAUAUAGCCAACUUGUAUGGCUUAUUUGUAAUGGUUCUUAGUGCACCUAAAUUCUUUAAAGAAUAUUUGAAUCAAGAUUUAAAAAAGUCCGGGUUUUUCUCAGCGUUACCUCAAUUAUGCAGAAUGUUUUCGGCGAUUACUCUGGGCAUAGUUGUAGAUGCAAUCGAAGCGAAGGAAUGGAUAUCAGUGACCGUACUUAGAAAAAGUUUUAUUAUUGUCUCUCAUCUCAUACCAGGCGUUGCAGCCAUUUGCAUUAUGUUUUGUGAAUGUAGCUGGGUUAUCGCCUUGUGCCUGUUGGUAUUAAUGCAAACGUGCAACGGAGCCGUGGUAGCCACCACUUUGCACAAUCCUCAAGAUCUAGCACCAAAUUAUGCCGGUACUAUUUUUGGUAUCGUUAGUUUGGUUGGGGGAACCACCCAAUUCAUUGUACCAGCUAUUACUGGGGAGCUUCUUCAAAACGAUCCAAACGCAGGAUUGGAAAAAUGGAGAUGGGUUUUUAUAAUUGCAGGUUGUAUUUACAUAUUGGGCGGAUUUCUUUUUAUCUGUUUUGCUUCUGGAAAACGACAAUCAUGGAACGAGCCCAAAGAAAGCACUGCUUAAAAAAAUUUAAUUAUACAUAAAC